UGCCCCGCGGGUAAAGAUGGCGACAGCAGAGCAGGGCAGCAGAUCAACUUUAUCCGAGCGGCUCUGAGUGGAUUUUCUUCCGUCGGUCGGAGCUUCUCAGCCGGCCGCUUCUCCUCCCUCCGCCCGCUGCUGCCGCCUCCCGGCUCCGGAGCUCCCGCUCAGCCGGACCUCAGCGCUCCUCCCCGGCCUCGGAUCGGUCCGGAGCCCCCCUCCCUCCCUGCUCGCCCCGCCGGAGGAGCAGACCGGAGCUCGGGCUAAAGUUUCCUCUCCUCCCCGCCCUCCGGGACUUGUUUGUGGAGCUCACCGGGACCGAGCCGCGCUCUCCGGCCUCACAGGCGUCUGGAGGCCGGGGCUCACAUGCUCACAGGACGAGGACAGAGUGUGUGAGGACGGACGCUGCAGAGAGGAUGAAGAGUUUUCAGUGCUGACGUACGAGGUGUUUCUGUGGAUGAAGUCAGCUGUGGAGCAGCUCACCUUUCAGGACUGACAGACCGACAGACGGACGAAGGGCCAGGAUGACGAGCGCGGCCCCGGCGAGGAAGCCGUACCGUAAGGCUCCGCCGCAGCACCGUGAGACGCGUCACGCCGUCGCUCCGCCUCCACCGGCGCCGCAGCCCGACAUCAACCAGGAGGCGUUCUCCGACUCCGACAGGAUCAGGAUCCUGCAGCAGCAGAACGAGGACCUGCAGCGCCGCCUCUCUCUCUCCACCCACAAGAUGGAGGCCAUGGAGGCGGAGUUUGACGGCAGCCGCCACUACAUGGAGGCGGAGCUUAGCCGGACCAGAGACGACCUGGACAAGAUGAGGGACAAGUUCCGCAGACUGCAGAACAGCUACACGGCGUCUCAGAGAGCCAAUCAGGACCUGGAGGAGAAGCUGCACGCUCUGCUACGGAAGGUGGAGAGGGACAAAAAGACGAUGGACCAGGAGAUCGUUGAGCUCACCAACAAGCUGCUGGACGCCAAGAACGCCAUCGACCGUCUGGAGGAGCUCAACGAGCGCUACAGGCAGGACUGUAACCUCGCCGUCCAGCUGCUCAAAUGCAACAAAUCACAUUUCAGGAACCACAAGUUCGCUGAUCUGCCCUACGAGCUGCAGGACAUGCUGAACAAACACAUGAAGAGCAGCCUCCCGGAGCGAGGCCCCGCCCCCGGCGUCCAGGACCCGGACACGCUGAGUCUGACGCCGGCGGACGUGGUGCCGACCUCCGUCAUCGCCCGCGUCCUGGAGAAACCCGAGCCGCUGGUGCUGAACUCCGCCCAGUCCAGCAGCUGCGGCCGGCCCGUCGCCGAGGACGUCUUCGUCCACGUGGACAUGACGGGCCCGGCGGCGCCGCCAGUGGCGGCGGAGCCCCGCGGCCGGGAGAACGGCGGGCAGGAGGCGGCGACGCAGAACGGGUCCUGCCGCAGUCAGAGCAGCCUGGACGGCGAGGAGGCGGGCGGGGCGCCGUCCUUCGAGAAGCUGAACCCGUACCCGGCGCCGCCGCCGCCCCACCCGCUCUACCCGGGACGCAAGGUCAUCGAGUUCUCGUCGGACGACAAAGUCAAGAUCCCCAAGAACUCGCCGCUGCCCAACUGCACGUACGCCACGCGGCAGGCCAUCUCGCUGAGCCUCGUCCAGAACGACGACGAGCGCCAGGCGCCCGGAAGCCCCGCCCCCUCCUCCUCCUCCGGGGGCGGAGUCCACCACCGCACGCCGCCGUCGCAGCGAGACGCCACCAGCGAGCCGCUGUCCAGCCAGUCCAGCCCCUUCAGCAGCCCGCCGCAGGCGCCGAGCGUGCUGGCGAGCUCCGGGAGCUCGGAGGAGGACCUGCUGGCCAACUGGCAGCGGAUGUUCGUGGAGAAGAUGGCGCCGGCGUGCGACAGCUCGAUUGUGCACCGCACGGCGUUCGGCAGCCAGACGGCUCAGGACCUGCAGCGCAGGAGGCCGACGCCGGGGGGCGGAGCCUCGUCCUCCGACCGCCACCGGGCGGCGUACUCUGACGGCGAGGAGGGCUCGUCGGCGCGCAGCUGGACGCCGAGCCGCGGCUCCAGCCUCGACACCGACACCGACACCGAGCCGCGGCCCGGCCGGCGCGGGCGCUACGGCGGCGACGGCGGCUCCGCAGAGGAGGGCGAGACGCUGCUGAUGAACCUGGAGGACGACGGCGGCAGCGGGGACACGGCGGUCACCGUGGCGACCAGCCCGGCCGACGCCCGCAGGAAGGAGCUGGAGGAGGAGGAGGAGGAGGAGGAGGAGGACAGCUCGGCCGAGGAGAGGGACGUCCUCCCGCACGACCUGCCCGUCAUCUCGCCGCGCCUCGCCGACUACGACCCCGCCCUCGCCACCGCCGCCCCGCAGCGCCCUCAGAAGAGCCCCAAGAGGAUGGGCGUGCACCACCUGCACCGCAAGGACAGCCUGACGCGGGCGCAGGAGCACGGCACGCUGCUCGACUGACCCGCCGCCGUCUGACCCGCCGCAGGUCACAGGUCACGCCCUCCAGGAUAUAGCCAUGCUCUACUGAUGCUGCCCAGCUCCGCCUGCGCGUGUGUGUGUGUGUGUGUGUGUGUUCUUGUACUUCCUACAUAGUGAGGACCGGAACACGUUUUUAACCAACAGAAUGAGGACAUUUUUGCAAAGUGAGGACACUUCGGCCGGUCCUCACUUCUUUAAAGGCUUUUUUUAGAUUCCAGACUUUGUUUUAAGGGUUAAAGGUUACAUGAUGAUGAUAAUUAACUGAAACUGUAUUGUGUGGUUACAAAACUAACUAAAAUUAGAGUGAAAAUGUCCUUCGUUUUCAUCUUUGUCAACUUUUUUCAUACAUAAUGAAGAUGGAUCAGGCAAAGGAAAUAAAGGCAAAAUUUACUGUGACCUCUUUUAAUCUCCCACCCAACAAAUACCCCAUUACAAAAAACUACAACUAAUAAAUACUAAACUAAAACUAGUUAACUCACUCUAAAAACUCCUUAAAACUAACAAAAAUUCACAACAAAAUUAAAACUAAAACGAAUGAAAAAUCCCAAACUAUUAUAACCUUUCAAGGGAAUUCACUGUUCCAAUGAGGGUCCUCACAAAGAUAGAAGUACAGGAAUGUGUGUGUGUGUGUGUGCGUGUGCGUGUGUGUGUCGUUAAAGAAGAAGAAAAGAAAAAACCACGAAUAGAAACUUAAAAAUGAACUUUACGGACGUCUUUGCCUUGUUUCCUGAUAGGGAGCUUUUAUUUUGAAGAGGACAGGUGAGACACACCUGGAUGAACACACUCUCUCUCACACACUCACACUCACAUUUACACGCACACACACACACACACACACACACACACACACACUCUCAGUGCCUAUCACUCUCUCUCUCUGGAAGGUUGCGGGUGCGACGCCGGGCCUUUUAUUCUGAAGGUCAGACUUUUAUUUUCUCAUCUCUACUAAUCGUUUCCUGUCAUGGCGUGUUUUUAUUUAGUCACCUGAUCGGUUUGUCGGGGAGUCACGGACCAUCUCAGGUUUAACCUUUGACCCUGGCUAACCUCUGACCCCCCCCACCGUACCUGAAGGGGGCGGGGCCGGGGGCGGAGCUUCUCCCGCCUGGAAUGUAACCAUCGAGUUAUUUUGUUGUUGUUGUUGUCACCUUUUUUGUUUUUUCUUCAUUAUGAAAUCAGUUAUUAAGAGAUUAUUUGAUUAUGUUUGGAUUUGUUGUUGAUUUGUUUUGUUGUUGUUUUGGUUUUUAUGUUCUACGGAAGCCUGUUGGUGCCAGAAACACAAAGCUGAGUUACUACAAAAUAAAAGCCCCCAAAGAAUACGAUUUAAAUCAAAACAAUGAAAAAUAUAAUCACAUAUUUCGUGACAGAUUUAUUAAUUAACCGAUAUAAAACGGUACGGAUUAAUAAAAUUACUGUUUAAAUUCAAGUAUAAAUUUGUUACUUUGAUCAGUUGGUUCAAAUUAUGAAAAUUUAGAUUUAAAAAAGUUUAGAUUAAUCUUUUUUGUUGUCUCUUUAUUGAAUAUUAAAAUGUAUUUAAGUGCAUAUUAAAGGAAAUGCAAUUAAAGGAUGAAAAGGUACAUAAAUUAAAUGAUAUAACGAUUAUGGUGCCUAAAAAUAAUGAUUACAUUUAAAAAAAUAUAUAUAUAUAUCCUAAUAAUUUCCUUCGUUAAAGUUUGUGUUCACUUUUUUUUGUUAUAAUUAUUAAUCGAAAACUAAACAACCCUGAAAAUGUUUUCUUUUUGUUUUACACAUUUUUUUUUUUGUCAGAUUUAAAAUUUAGCAAAGUACACCAGGUCGGAUGGAUUUAUGAUCAGGAUGCAAUAAAUAAUAAAAAAAAUAUUGCUUAUUAUUAAAUAAUAAUUGUUUUAUUGAUAAAAAUAACAAUGUUUGUUGUUUUUCAUGUUUCUGGCACUCCUGAGCUUCCGUACUUUGACUUCAGUUUCUUCUUCUGUGGUUGAAUGUUCGCUCACCGAGGAUCAAUAAUCACGAUUGAUCCACUGAUUGAUGAUUUAUUACUGAUUGUCUUUGUAUUUCAGUCUG